UCAUGGCGUUCCCUCGGACGUCCUCCAUCGUGCUGUGGUUCUCACUCAUCCUCUUUGUUUACUGGACGACCUCGGCUGCUCAGUCACAUGACCCUUCACCCGCUGACCUCUCAGCCCUUCGCAGGCUCAAAAGAGCGCUGGAUGGAACCACCAAAGAGCAGAUCCAGAGUGGGUUCCGGCUGGGCUUAGACUUCCUGACCACGGUCACACAGGUGACGAAGGAAAUCGAUGACAAAAAGCUGAGUACGGUGUUCAAGGGCCUGGCCAACUUUGCUAAUUUGGCGCCCGGUAUCGGAAGUCUGGUCGGCUCAUUUAUCAGCGUGGUUUUGGCCUUCAUCCCUCAGGAAAGCGACCUUGACCGACUGAGGAACAGCUUCAGCGAGGUCAACCGGAGGCUGGACUCUCUGGCCUUCCAGAUAUCCGACCUGGCCACAGACGUGGAGUGGUUCAACUUCGUCAGCGUCUACUCUCCAGAUGAGAUUCGCAUCCUGAACGCCUGGAGGAAGUUAGAUGAGUUUCACCAGAACCUCAGGGUGUUGACGAGUGAAGAGGACAAGCUGAGGCUGGCGGAGAUCUUUGCCAAAUUCUAUGAGAACUCAGGGACUGAGGGCAGCGUGGCCAGCAUCUACCAUCUCCUUACGAUCAGCGGCACAUCUCUGAGCAGGAACAUCAACAGCCUUUUGAGGGACAAGUUUAAGUGCAGCAUCAAAGAGAUCGGCCGCUUUAACCUGUACCUGAGCAGUCUGCUGUGGAAGGGCAUGGUCCUCAACCAGCUCUACUGGAAACUCAUCGGAUUCAGCGCAUUAGGUAAACAGGACGAACAUAACCGCAUGUUCAAGGAUGUCUUGAAAGCUCAGAACAAUUCUUUGCAGUUCUGUCUGGACAACUAUCAGCAGUACAUGCUUAAAGACGUAGAGGUGGUCAGCACCAGAUUCACCACAGACCGAAAACAGGACAUCGCUGACGCGGUCCGAAAGACUCUGGAUGAGAAAUACUUCUGGUACAAGUGGGCAGUGGUGGUGUACGAUAAGUACUAUGAAGAUAACUACAAACAGGUCUAUAUGUGGGUUGUAACUGUGGGGGACCUGGUGGUGGCGGUGGGAUACAUCAAGAAGGACCCGAACCCAUACCAACAGGAAGUUGAGUCUGCCCUUCAGAGAUGUUUUGCUGGUACCCAGUGUUCGGACCUUAAAUCGAAGUCCAAGAACUGUGUCGUUGAGGGGAGGUACAUUACAGGGGACACAGAUCAAAGAAGGUUGUCAAAAUUUGCCAAAAUUUUGCAUUAUUUCUAUUAUUAUGAUCCAGUGAUGUCGCCGCCGCCUCAGUUCAACCAGGUGGAGUGCACCCUCGAUGGUUAUCAGUACAAGGUGAAGGUCUACAUGUCCAGAACACUGUCGGUUUGUUCCUCACGUGACACCUGUCGGAACGGAGGCAAGUGCAGGCGGCUGCUGUACUCUAGUGAAUACCUAUGUGACUGUCCUGACGGUUACUAUGGAGACAGAUGUGAAAAAAGCACCAGCAUCUACCAGAACAAUGAUAUCAGUUUCCGGGUGCCGGACAUGACCACCCUCAACACCAAACUGGACCAGAUCCUGAGGACACAUCCGGCCCACUAACGAAGACCUGAACACACAUCAACAACAUCCACCGUCAGCGUCAGAGGUUCCAGGUCCUGACCCAGUGGGACGUUUAUGUCACAUGGGAAAGCCUGUGAUAAUAGGAGUUAUUAUGGGAUGGAUGUGUGGUGUGAAUAUGUCCAGAAGAUGAAGAAAUAAACAUCAGUGAGUU